CAAAGUGUGUAAAAUCCUCUUCUUGUUCGAUCCAUGACUGCAUGAUUCUUUCAGGUUUUCUGUGGAUGUGGUGAGGCAGCAACUAUUUCCUUCAUCGGAGCUUGAACUUUUCCUCAAAUAUUGUCUUUCCAAAAGGCAUAUCAUCGAACAGCUGGCAUGCAAGUAUACAUUCUCAGCUCUCAUACAAAAGCCACAAUUUCAAUUCCAGUCAAAGCCGCAACGUCAUCGUAUCGGUUCGAUAGAUAAAAUGACCUCAUUUUAAAAGCUGCAUUUGAGGAUCAUUGGCAUUUCCCAACUACAUUCUUCAUCAAGAGAAACUGGACGGCGAGACUUGGCACAGAUGCGAAGCUUUGCGGCCGCAGUACGACCUUGUUUUGUUCAGCUGGUGAACCGUCCACCGUUUAGAAUAAGAGCAUUUUCUCGUUCAUCCGAUUACCCUAACCAAUCACGCGGUUCUCUUCCUCGCUUCUUCUCCCAAGUUCUUCCUUCUUCCAAGGGAGGCGUUGUUCGCGUAGAUGGAGAUGAAUUUUGGCAUAUGACUAAAGUCUUAAGGUUGACCACCAACGACAGGGUAGAGCUUUUCAAUGGGAAAGGAGGUUUGAUACAAGGUUUUAUACAAAGGAUUGACUGCACAGGAUUGGAUUUUGUGGCACUGGAGGAUCCAAUUGUAGUUCUUCCUCAAACUACACAAUGGCAUGUGUUUGCUGCUUUUGGUACUCUUAAGGGUGGUCGAGCUGACUGGCUUGUGGAGAAAUGCACAGAGCUUGGAGCUCAUAGUGUAACCCCUUUGCUGACUGAACGUUCACCUGCAAUCUCAGAAAAUCGAGUGGACAGAUUGCAGCGUGUUAUCUUUGCAGCAUCUAAACAAUGUCAACGGUUGCAUGAAAUGGCUUGGAAUCCUCCUAUGAAAAUUGAUGGCCUUUUACCUCUUGUUGCCCAGUCAAAGCUAUCUUUUGUUGCAUUAGCAGAAGCUACUCCACUUGUCAGUGCAUUGGCUUCAUCAAGAAAAGAAUCUAGUGGGCUGAUAGUUGUUGGACCAGAAGGGGACUUCACUGAGAAGGAGGUGGAUAUGAUGAUGAAAGCAGGUGCUACAGCUGUUGGUCUUGGGCCACAUCGCUUGCGUGUUGAAACUGCAACAAUGGCUCUUUUAGCAACUCUAAUGUUAUGGUCAGACUCUCAGCAAACAUCAAACUCUUAAUCAAUCUUUCAGGUGUAUCCCUUUCAUUCUUGACAUUUUCCAUCUAAUUCCUUGCUAGAUGGGUAACAUUUUUUUUAGACAAUGGCUAAAUGUACUGAGAUUACAUUUUGCUUUUGUAUGGGAUCUAAUUGUGAGUUAAUGCAAAAACAUCUUACAGCAGGCGGAAUUGGCGGAGAGAGAUGAGUAUGAAUAAUUAAGUUUACUUUUAGCCAAUAUCUGGCCUUUUUACUUUAAUUUGAGCUGAUUGACUAUUAGAGGGGAAUUAUAAACUGUCCAUCUUUUGGGGGGCCCAUGUGCACCUGAUGCAUCAGUCCAUUAGCUGAAUCAGACAAUUGCAAGGCUUGGGCUGAGGUGUUGCCACAAGAACUGGGCUUGUUCAUCUAUGCCUCUGACCAACUGGAUUUCCCAUGAAUAAAACAUAAAAUAUAAUUUUAGCCUACACAACCUAUCAACUGACUAGGCUUCGAUUUGAUAUGUAUUAGAUCAUAAGCUCUUUUGUUCACAUGACAGGCUUGGAAUGGCGAUUGCAUUGCUAACUUCUUGUUACUGUAAACUAACAGGAUUUUGAUAAAUAUUUAGAUGGAAAUAUUGUAUUAUCAUAAAGAUGUAUUAAGCUUGUUCUCUACACGUUGAUUCCUCUAUGCACCAUACCAUUUUUUAUUUUUA